CGCUGCUCUGUGGCGCAAACGUAGAGAGAUCACCCAAAAUACUUUGAAGAAGACAUCUAGCAAGAAAGCACUCGAGGAAUAUGUUCAAGUUAUUUGGCCUAACGCUUUUAUUGACGGCAGCGGUGCUGGCACGUCCUGAGCCGCCGGUUAACUCCUACCUGCCACCCUCGCCCUCCGACAGCUAUGGAGCUCCGGGUCAGGGAGGUGGACAGGGACAAGGCGGCUUUGGCGGCAAACCAUCGGAUCAGUAUGGUGCUCCGGGCAAUGGCAACGGCAACGGCAAUGGUCGUCCCUCGAGCAGCUACGGUGCUCCCGGUCAGGGACAGGGAGGUUUCGGCGGCAAACCCUCCGAUCAGUACGGUGCUCCAGGCAAUGGUAAUGGAAAUGGCAACGGUCGCCCCUCAAGUAGCUAUGGUGCUCCCGGUCAGGGACAGGGCGGCUUCGGUGGCAAGCCCUCGGACCAGUAUGGUGCUCCCGGUAAUGGUAAUGGAAAUGGCAACGGUCGUCCCUCAAGCAGCUAUGGUGCUCCUGGUCAGGGCCAAAACGGUUUCGCUGGCAAGCCAUCGGAUCAAUAUGGUGCUCCUGGUAACGGUAAGGGCACUGGUGGUCCAUCCAGCACUUAUGGUGCUCCGGGUCUGGGCCAAAAUGGAUUCGGCGGCAAACCUUCCGAUCAGUAUGGCGCUCCUGGUCGUGGUAACGGAAAUGGUCGUCCAUCAAGCACAUACGGAGCUCCUGGUCAGGGCCAAAACGGCUUUGGUGGCAAACCCUCAGAUCAAUAUGGCGCCCCCGGCAAACCAUCCGAUCAGUAUGGUGCUCCAGGAAAUGGUAAGGGUAAUGGUGGCCCAUCUAGCAGCUAUGGUGCUCCUGGUCAAGGACAGGGCGGCGGCUUUGGUGGCAAACCUUCGGAUCAAUAUGGCGCUCCUGGCAAUGGCAAUGGUAACGGUCGUCCAUCUAGUAGCUAUGGUGCUCCUGGACAGGGCCAAGGACAGGGUGGAUUCGGUGGCAAACCCUCCGACUCAUAUGGUCCCCCAGCUUCAGGAUCCGGUGCUGGCGGCGCUGGUGGUGCCGGUGGUGGCGCUGACUAUGACAACGACAUCGUUGAGUAUGAGGCCGAUCAACAAGGAUAUCGCCCACAGGUUCGUUAUGAAGGAGAUGCUAACGCUGACGGCAACGGCGGCGCUGGUGGUCAAAAUUUGGGCCAGAAUGGUUACUCUAAUGGACGUCCCGGUGGUCAAGAUCUCGGCCAGAACGGUUAUUCCAAUGGUCGUCCAGGUGGUCAGGAUUUGGGACAAAAUGGUUACUCCAAUGGUCGCCCCGGUGGUCAGGAUUUGGGUCAGAAUGGUUAUUCUAAUGGACGUCCCGGUGGUCAAGAUUUGGGUCAGAAUGGUUACUCUAAUGGACGUCCCGGUGGUCAGGAUUUGGGACAAAGUGGUUACUCAAACGGUCGUCCAGGCGGUCAAGAUCUUGGCCAGAAUGGUUACUCGAACGGUCGUCCCGGUGGUCAAGAUUUGGGACAGAAUGGUUACUCGAACGGUCGCCCAGGUGGAAAUGGUGGCUCUGACGGAGGUCGCGUGAUCAUCGGUGGCCGUGUCAUUGGUCAGGAUAAUGGUGAUGGUCAGGGUUACUCAAACGGUCGUCCCGAUGGCCAGGAUGGUGGCUUUGGACAGGAUAACAUUGAUGGCCGAGGUUAUUCCAGCGGAAAGCCUGGCCAGGGACGCAAUGGCAAUGGAAAUGGCUUCGGACCCGGUGGCCAGAAUGGCGAUAACGACGGCAGCGGCUACAGAUAUUAGAUACGGCAAAACUGACUCCGAUACACACACUAGCUAGCAUUUGAUACGAAAUAUAGGAAGACGUAGAUCAAUAUCUAGAAGUUUAAGACUCUUUAGAACUAUGAACUAGUUACCAUUACCAUACCAUUACCAUUUACAAUUACCGUUAUCUUAACCUAUACAGUUGCCCUCAAAGCUACAGCUUGGUCUAUCAUCCUGACUAUAUAUGUUCUCUAUACACAUCUCACGCUAUCUCAUCCUAUCUUUUGGUCACAAACAUAUUUCAUAAUCCCAAAUCCAACUCCAUUUAGUAUAAGUUUAAACAUGUUGCAUAUCACAAAAAAUAUUCUGCUCACAAGUGGCAAGGAAUCUAAAAAACAAAGAAAAAAAUACAAAAUAAUGCGCAAGCAAAAGAAAUAGAUUUGUUAAAUUUAAGAAUUAUUCGCCCUUAAGUAUGUGAAGUAAU